AUGGCAAAGCAAGAGGAAAGCACAAGCGUCAGCUCCUCUGUAUCAUAUCCCGCUGAGAAGGAGGCCGUCGGCGAGCACGCCAAUGGCGAUGGUACCAGCCAGGCCGACGAUGGUGACAAGUACAAUCACGCGGUCAAGCGCAGCGGCUCGUGGAUCGGCGCUGUCUACAACAUCAUGUGCAUUAGCGUCGGCACCGGCACCAUGAACCUGCCUGCUGUUGUACGUCGCAGCGGCUGGUUCGGCGUCAUCCUAAUGGCGCUAAUGGCGUUAAUCGGCUGGUUCGUGGGCAUUCUGUUCCGUCGCGCCAUGUAUUCGCGUCCCGGAAAGCGCUUCUUCAGUUUCUCGCAUGUGACGCAGGCCGCGUUUGGCCGGUACGGCAAGAUUGGAUUCUGGUUCGCCACCAUCGUGACGUACGUCACCUGCUGCGGGACAGUCAUCUCCUGGAUCAUCAUCUGCGGUACGCAGAUCAGCCGCCUACUCGGCUUUGCCAACGUGCACCUGAGCGAGAAGAUAUGCAUGACCAUCAUUGCCAUUAUCAUGUGGGUGCCGUUUGCCAUCCUCAAGAUGGUCAGCGAGAUCACUAUUUCGUCGCUGUUUGGUGUGCUCACUGCGCUCUUCACUGUCAUCACGCUUGGCGUCAUGUCGAUCAAGCACCGCCCGAACUUCAGCGAGCCCCCUACCCACCAAUUCAUUAUCGGCAGCGGCAUCCCGUCCGCUCUGGCCUCCAUCGCCUUCAUGUACUCGAGCGCCAUCUUCUUCCCCCACAUCGAGGGCAACCUGAAGAAGCCGCAUCAGUUUUCCUGGGCCCUGGGCCUGGCCAACAUACUCGUGUGCGGCUGCUACACAAUCGCUGCUGCCACCGGCUACAGCGCUUUCGGUAGCCAGACCGUCUCGCCCAUCCUCAACAAUCUGCCCAACAUGGCCAUCAUCAACGCGGCCAACAUCAUCAUCAUCAUCCAUGUGAUUUUUGCCUCGCCGAUCGCCCUCGUGACCACGAACCUGGAGCUGGAGAUGGCGCUGGGCGUCAUGCCAGAGAUUAUUGGCAAGAAGAAGGAGCUGUUUUGGCGCCUGGUCAUGCGCACGGUGACCAUAGGCAUCCUGCUCGGCGUCUCCAUCGCGAUUCCGUACUUUGGCCAGUUCAUUGACCUCAUUUCGGCGCUGUCCUGCACUGUUGCAUUCUUCAUGGUCCCUAUCUUCUGCUACGUCAAGCUCAUCGGCUGGCGCAACAUCCCCAAGUGGGAGCUCGCUCUGUGCUUCAUCCUCGUCAUCAUCGGCAUGAUCGCCUGUGUCUGGGGUCUCAUUGAUGCUGUCAAGGGCCUGAGGACUGCCAUCCAAAAUGGUCGUGGAUAG